GAGUUCUCUCUCUCAAGGCUGCUGGCUGCUGCUGCUGCUGGCUUACACUGCCAUCAAAAAAGUUGUGGCUCUUCUCAGUUUUAAUGAGUGAGAUAAGCUCCACCAUCAAAGCUCUCACCUUUGUUGCUCUCUCUCUACCGUCUUGAAAGGCCUUGUCUUUGAGAAGGGGUUCUUCGAAUAUUGGGUUCAAUAGAGGGAGAAAAGCUUUUCUCUUUAUCAUCUCAACCUCAUAAUAGCAUUUCCUCUUUCCUUUUAACUUCAAAAUCAUUAUAUACUAAAAUAACAAAUCCCAUUCCAUUAUUAUUUGCCCUUUUCAACAAAGUCCACACUUUUACUUCUCCCCCCUUCCUCUCCCUAUCAUUUUGCUCUUUCUCUCUCUACCAACUUUGAGGUUUGCGAGGUGUUUUUCCUCCAUGGAUUCUUAUGAAGCUACCAAGAUGGUGUUUUCAAGGAUCCAAGGCUUGGACCCUGAAAAUGCCUCAAAAAUCAUGGGCUACCUCCUUCUACAGGACCAUGGAGACAAGGAGAUGAUUCGCUUAGCUUUUGGACCAGAAACCCUCUUGCAUAAUCUCAUCCUUCAAGCCAAAACCCAUCUGGGUCUUGCUUCCAACACACCUUCGACGCCCUCCACACCCUCGCCUCCUUCACCUUUUAAUCCCACUUCCAGACCCAACCCUUUGUCCAUUUCCUCUUCAAGAAUCACUUCCAACAAUGGCUUCGACAUCACAAACCCAUCUUCACCGUCGUCAAAUUCUUGGCCUCUUAUGAGUCCUAGCUCCACUUCCUCACUUUCAUAUGCUAGUAUUGUUAAUGGAACCAGUAAUAACCACACCAGUUCCUCAUCUUUAUCAUCUUCGAUGUCGUUAUCUAAUGCAUUCCCAUACUACAACAGCAGUAACACUAAUAACAACAGCAGUAAUGAUCUCAUUGAUGAGUAUCAACUUCAAGACCACUUUUCCUUCCUCAAUGAUUCAAAGGCCGAUGAUUUGUUUGAUCCACGGCUUGAGUUAGCCAUGAGCCCGACGACAUACGGUGAUACCCAUUUGCAUAGAAGGAGCUUUUCGGUUCCAGGCAUGUGUUUUGGGUCCGAAGAUUCUAAUUCCGGGUUUGGAUGGAAGCCAUGCUUGUAUUUUGCAAGAGGGUUUUGCAAGAAUGGUACUAGUUGCAGGUUUCUUCAUGGGGAAUCGGCUGAUGCUGCUGCUAUUGUUGGCUCACCAAGUAAACUCAACGAGUUUGACCAGUGCCAAGAACUUCUUAGAUCAAAAGUUGCUGCCGCCCAGCAGCAGAAGCUAGCUGCAGCCUCACAGUUCAUGGCUGGAGCUUCUUUUCCUUACAAUAAGUGCAUGAAUUUCCUCCUUCAACAACAAAAUGACACCCAAAGAUCGGCUGCAGCAGCUGCAUUGAUGAUGGGGGAUGAGCUUCACAAGUUUGGAAGAUGCCGCCCUGAAAGGAACGAUUUCUCGCCAAUGGGAUUGGGAGGGGCAAUGAACCCAGGUUCCAGACAGAUCUAUUUGACAUUUCCAGCUGAUAGCACAUUUAGAGAAGAAGAUGUUUCAAAUUACUUCAGCAUUUAUGGGCCAGUGCAAGAUGUGAGGAUUCCCUACCAGCAAAAGAGAAUGUUUGGGUUUGUUACAUUUGUGUAUCCAGAGACAGUGAAGCUUAUAUUGGCUAAAGGGAAUCCUCAUUUCGUCUGCGAUUCGCGUGUGCUUGUUAAGCCAUACAAGGAGAAGGGAAAAGUCCCAGACAAGAAGCAACUGCAGCAUCAACAACAACAGAUGGAGAGAGGAGAGUAUUCAGCUUGUUCUAGCCCUUCCGGACUCGAAUCUAGAGAGGCAUUUGACCUCCAUCUUGGAGCUAGAAUGUUUCAAAAUACUCAGGAGAUGUUGUUGAGAAGGAAAUUAGAGGAACAAGCUGAAUUGCAGCAAGCUAUUGAACUCCACGGGAGAAGGCUAAUGAAUAUGCAACUUCUUGACUUGAAAAACCAUAACAAUCAUCAAUACGUUCAUGGUUUGUCUACUGGAUCUCCCAUUCCCUCGCCAACUCUCUCUCGCACUACCAACAGUCAGAAUCUCAUUUUUCCACCUGACGACAUUGACCAAGAAGUUCCCCAAGAGAAUGGUGGUAACCCAGAUGCAGCAGCUUCUCGAAAUGCGGUUCCUGAGGCUGAACAGGAAGUGAAUCCAGCCACUAAGCACAGUAACGGCAAUAGCAAUAGUAGUAUUUGUAGCACUGACGAGAAGACCAACACUGAAGAAAUUGAUCUCCAUGAAAGUUUGGAGCAUAUCCUUCCUGAUAACCUUUUUACUUCUCCUAAGAAAUCAUCUGGCGACCACACUGUCUUCUCAGCUGCUGCUUUGGAGGUUGAUGAAACGAGUACGUCUUCUUCUAACAAUAACCCCAUAAUGCCCACAUCUUCCACUCUCAAUAUUGGUUCUCUUAAAUCAUGUUUUCUCCAAAUGCCCAGGAUUUCUUCUGGGCAUGGAACCAUUGGCAUGUAGCAGGCAAAGGUGAGCAAUGGCCAGCAAUGGGGAGAUUGACUUUGCUAGGAAAUAUUGGAAAGCAUAUACAAGGAAGAAAAAAAAGAAAUCCUCUAGCUGUAUAGCCAAAAACCAUACCCACAACAAAGAAAAGAAUCUGUAGACAAGAUCUCAGCAAGAUCACCAUCAUUAUCAAUACAUACUACUUACAAUGAAUACAUAAUGCAAUACAUAAAAGGACAGAUGAACUGAAAAAUGAGAGUGGGGUCUUUCUGUUUUUCCUCACUGUGUACUCUCUGUAGGUGAGUGUUUGUGUAUGUGUGUGUGUGUGUGUACUGGACCACACAGCAAUAGCAGAACAAAACAAAAGCCUACUAGUAACUCACUCUAUUAUCAUCUGUAAUUUCUUUUUCACUUUGUUUUACCAAUCCUUUAUUGUAAGAUCUAAAACAAAAUUGAACCCUCCAUAGAAAUGAGGUUCUUGUAUCUCUAUGAAGAAGAAGUACACACUUCUAUGUCA